GCCUCAGAUUUAUAAGUUAAGUCGGCCGCAUGGGACUAGUCAGUCAGUGUUGCGUAUUCCAUAGCCGUCGGAUUAUAUAGACGUAGAGAAGAGAUGUCGGGGAAAACGAUCGCACAGUCGCAGAGGCAAGCAACUAUUCUGGAUCCCUCGGACAAGUAUCGGCCGGAACCGAUUUACACGGGAAAAUUGAAGAGCGAAUUCAGGGAUUAUUCCGAUGAUCCGACUGACCCGAUUAAAGAGCGCGUUCGAAGAACCUAUCAAAAGAUGCAUACCAAUCAAACGGUCGAAUUUGUGCGAUCUCGUAUGAAGGAAUGGCUACGAUUCGACAAAUUUCAAAUGUCGGUGAAGGAUGCUCUGAUCAAACUGAACAACUUGGUGGACGAAAGUGACCCGGACACCAGCCUGCCGAAUAUCGUGCACGCUUUUCAAACUGCAGAGUCUAUCAGAAAGGAGCAUCCUGACUUGGAUUGGUUCCAUUUGACUGGUUUGAUCCACGAUUUAGGCAAGGUAAUGGCGUUCUAUGGAGAACCGCAAUGGGCGGUGGUGGGCGAUACGUUUCCCGUCGGAUGCGCCUGGGCCGAUUCGAUCGUGUACAGAGAUACCAGUUUCGAGGACAAUCCGGACGGCAAGGAUCCUCGAUACAACACGAAAUAUGGCAUGUACGAGCCAAAAUGUGGCAUCGAGAACCUUAUCAUGUCCUGGGGACACGACGAGUAUUUGUAUCGUGUUUUGGUACACAACAAAUGCAAAUUACCAAAAGAAGCGUUGGCUAUGAUUCGUUACCAUUCGUUCUAUCCAUGGCACGCAGGCGGUGAUUACAUGCAUUUUUGUACCAACCAAGACAUGCAGAUGUUGAAGCGCAUCAACGAAUUUAACAAAUACGAUCUCUAUACGAAGAGCGGCGAGGUACCGGACAUCGAAAAACUCUGGCCUUAUUACGAGAAACUGAUCGAGAAGUACAUCCCCGGUGAAUUGGAGUGGUGAAAUGUGAAUUUCACACCUAAAUCAAACGAAACCAAACCCUAUCCGAUUACCAAUCAUCGAGCAUCGGCAUUGAUCAAUCGUCGGCAAGCUUAAACAAAGAUUCGGAGAAACGGCAUUGAGCGAUGUCGAAAGAAAAGGAAACGAAACGACAUCGAAUGGAAUCGAACCGGGGUUACGAACGAGUGACGAGCGGGUGAAACGAUAGAAGGGGCGAUAGAGCGUGACUCGAUGAAAACGUUAAUAACGCAAUGGAGGGCGAAUGAGUAACGGGAAAGAAGGAGGAUGUCACAUUCGGACGAGAACUUGACUCACCCUGUGACACGCUCCAACAGCUACAUGCGAGCCCGUUCGAUUGAAUCGAUCCGAAAUAUUCUUAAAACUUUUACUUUCUGUCUGUCGAUACGGUUUGCAUUUGCUCGAUUGAAUUUUUCUGAAAAAUCGAUAUUUUUCAACGCUUAUGAAAUGUUUGUUACUAGUCUUUGCUUAAGAAUAAAGGAUAACUUUUUGUUUUAUAUAA